CCCUCGGGAAAGAGGGAGUCGGAGGUGACACUUGUUGCGGAUUUCGAUCGCUGGUGCUCGUGCGGCUAUGGCGUUCUCCGCAGCAGCAUCCGCGUCCACGAAUUUGGUGCCCGCCGUGGCCUCUGGGCGAGGCGGGGCGGCCGCAUCGGCUUCGCAGCAUGGCGAGACCGCGCGCCUGGCGAGAUUCGGAGUGUCCUCCUCUGCAUGCGCGAAUGCCUUGUCUCUGUCCUCGUCGCGCUCGUGCGCGUCGAUGGGAGAAGUUUUGUGGGCCAAUGGUGGUGCUGUCCGUUUGGCCGCCAGGAGGACCCUCCGUGUGCGAGCCGCCGGAGCUGGCACCAUCGUACAGCCCGAAGGAUUCCAGAUCACAUCCGUGCCCACAACACCUAUUGAUGGCCAGAAGACUGGAACUAGUGGACUUCGAAAGAAAGUAAAAGAGUUUCAGUCUCCGAACUACCUUGCAAACUGGAUACAGGCCUUGUUUGACUCUCUUCCGGCCGAAGAUGUGAAAGGUAGCACAUUGGUGCUUGGAGGUGAUGGUCGUUACUUCAACAAGGAAGCUUCUCAGAUCAUCAUCAAAAUUGCUGCAGGAAAUGGCGUUGGAAAAAUUUUAGUGGGAAGGGAAGGUAUUGCAUCUACUCCUGCUGUCUCCGCUAUAAUUCGGGCAAGAAAGGCGAAUGGAGGUUUCGUAAUGAGUGCGAGCCACAACCCCGGUGGACCAAAGUACGACUGGGGCAUCAAGUUUAAUUACAGCAGUGGGCAGCCUGCACCCGAAUCCAUCACCGACAAGAUCUAUGGGAACACUUUAUCUAUCAAGGAAAUUAAGCAAGCAGACAUUCCCGAUGUCAAUCUUUCUGAAUUAGGUGUGCACAAAUUUGGCGAUUUUUCCGUGGAGGUCAUUGAUCCUGUUGCUGAUUAUUUAAAUUUACUGGAGGAAGUGUUUGAUUUCGACCUCUUGAAAGGUCUGCUUACAAGCAAGGACUUCAGAUUCAAGUUCGAUGCUAUGCACGCAGUCACAGGCGCGUAUGCUAAGCCCAUCUUCGUGGAUAGACUUGGUGCUCCAGAGGACUCAAUUUUUAAUGGUGUACCAUUGGAAGAUUUUGGUGGAGGUCAUCCAGACCCCAAUCUCACAUACGCAGAAGAGCUUGUGAAAAUUAUGUACGGAACGGAUGCCCCAGACUUUGGAGCAGCCAGUGACGGAGAUGGGGAUCGUAACAUGAUCCUAGGGAACCACUUCUUCAUUACUCCCUCAGAUUCAGUGGCUAUGAUUGCUGCCAAUGCUGAUGCUAUCCCCUACUUCAAAACUGGUUUGAAGGGGCUAGCACGUUCGAUGCCCACAAGUGGAGCUCUUGAUAGGGUCGCAAAGGAGUUGGGUCUUCCAUUUUUUGAGACUCCUACAGGUUGGAAGUUUUUUGGUAACUUGAUGGAUGCCGGAAAGUGUUCUGUCUGCGGAGAGGAGAGUUUUGGAACUGGUUCAGAUCACGUUCGUGAGAAAGAUGGAAUCUGGGCGGUGUUGGCAUGGAUAUCAAUUGUGGCCUACAAGAAUCGUGACAGGAAAGUAGGGGAGAAGCUGGUCACGGUAGCAGACAUAGCCAAAGAACAUUGGGCGAAAUAUGGACGUAACUUCUUUUCGCGAUACGAUUAUGAGGAGUGUGAGUCUGCUGGUGCAAAUAAGAUGGUGGAGCAUUUGAGAGAUAUCAUUGCGAAGAGUAAGAAAGGAGAUAAAUAUGGAAAUUACGAAUUGGAACUCGCCGACGACUUUGCCUACACUGAUCCGAUUGACGGAAGUGUAGCCACAAAACAAGGAAUUCGGUUCAUAUUCUCUGAUGGUUCCCGUAUUAUCUUCCGCCUUUCUGGAACAGGAUCAGCAGGUGCAACAAUAAGGAUAUACGUUGAACAAUAUGAACAGGAUACGACGAAACAUGACCUAGAUGCCCAAGAUGCUCUGAAGCCCUUGAUUGAUAUCGCCUUGUCUGUAUCGAAACUGCAAGAGUUCACUGGACGAACCAAGCCAACAGUAAUUACGUAAUUGAGCAUCAAUUAAGUAAAAUUUUGCCCAAGGGUGGAUCCCAAGAUUUUUCUUCGAUGUAUUGUAACGUGUACUGAAAGUCAUUUGUCUCUAGGCAAAUGAAGACGGUUCUCAAGCACAGUCGAGAGAGCCGUCAGAUCAAGACAUCAUGUUGUCUGAUCUGUGAGUUGUACAAAUCACCCUCGUAUGUCAUUGUAAUAAGCUAACGAACGACUUUCUAUAGUAAGUAGUAGGUUAGCUGACUGCAUUGUCUGUCACAAAACUGAUCGAUGGGUUCACGGGUGUAGUGUAGGCCUUAAAUGGGAAACUCCGAUAUAGACGAUUGAGCUGCCUCAAGGUUCUGUUCUCGUCGAUUGUAUGAGUGUAGUGCGUGUCUGUGAAGCUCAUUCCAGAGCUGCUUUGAAGUCAAUUUGUGAGCUCUCCAAUUCUACCAGGUGUAUACUUUCGUGGAUUAUAUUUC